ACACUCUUACAUGAGGUUUAGAAGAACUCAGUAAUAAAAUAACACCGUCAAAGCACACAAAAAUAUGCCACUGGGUUAUAUUCAUGGCUUCCGUUUUUUCUGUGCCCCAUUGCUAUAACCACCACAGGGAAACAGGUCUGCAAGGAGAAGCAUCACCAAAGGCUUUACAAACACUAAACCUCUAAGAUCCUUGCACAGUGCCUAUGAUCAUACUUCAGACUGUUGCACUUUUUUGAUGGGAAGAACGCUUCUCUAUUUCCAAUACAGAAAUAUUUCCAUUUUGUAAAUCGGGAAAUGAAGUGCUUAGACCUGACCGGGCCUGGAUCAUCAGGCAUGAAUGUCACAGCCAUUAAAAAUUUUGUCUGCGUGAUAUAUAAUAUUUCAUUCAUGAACUGCACUUGGCAUGUGGACAGGAAUGCUUCAGGAGAUGCUCAGUAUUUCUUGUACUGGAAGACCUCAAGGAAAGAAGAUUUCGUCAGAUGCCAGAAUUACAUUGAAGAUAAUUAUGGAAGACACACAGGAUGUAGAUUCCAAAAUGUGACAAUAGAAGGGAGUAGGAAAGGCUAUUUCAUGGUGAAUGAGUCCAGAAAUGGACAAAAUAUUCUGCUCUGCACAACAAUGUAUCUGUACAAAAUUGAGAAGCUCAGCCCUCCAUUAAAUGUUACUGUGAACUGUACAGGAGUUUCUCACAGUUGUGAAAUUCAGUGGCAACGACCUCUUACAAGUCAUGUGGACAGAGACAUUUGUUUCAAAUAUAAAAUUGUCAUAGAAAAGAAGGAGGAUCCUGAGGAAAGAAUCAAAAACACAUAUAAAAUGGAAAGAAACAUCACAGGGAAUUCCUAUAUAUUUGAAAGCUUCGAUGCAAAAAAAAGGUACAGCGUCAAAAUCAGAGCUACUAACAAUUACUGCUUAGUGAGCGAAAACUGGGGGGAGUGGAGUGCACCUGUAGAGUUUGGAAGAGAACAACUGACAUCUAUUUCAUCAUACACAUUACUUCUGAUAUCAGCGAUAGCAGCAAGUCUCAUACUUUUCUUCUGCAUCAUAACCAUUUAUUUGAAAACAGUACCUGCUAUUGUACUACAGCCAAAAAACCCAUUCCAUGAUAUCUCUCUAGUGAAUUUCCAGACAGAGAAUCAAUUCAUAAAGCAUGAAACUGAAGAAAUAAUAACAAUUAUUGAAGAAGUGGCAUAAUGGCAUGCAAGAGAAGAGAGUUUUCUUUUUUCAUGCAAAUGAUUAUAUACAUAUUUGUUGGCAUUACUUUACAGGUUUUUUAUAUCCUCCCUCUUGUAAGCAGAGAUAACAGCAUUGCCUGAUCAGGCCAGUCUUCUAUAGUCUGUCAUUAAAAAAACUUUGUAUUAUUUGCUUGGAAAUAAUAUAUAAUUUCUGUAAGUAUUUUGAGUUAUAUACUCCAACUAGUGGAAGAUUCUAACAAGUAAGGAGAUAUCAAACAGAAUGAUUAAUAUGGAGUUUAAUAAUACAUUGCAUUUCAGUAGAUGAAUCAUUUAGGUUGGGAAAACCAUGAGUUAGAUGUCAUGUAUUACCAUGGGUUGCCCAUUGCCAUGCCUAUGUUUCAUCUCUUAUCUCCCCCAUGCCUGUAUACCUCAUUGCCAUAUCCUGUGUCUCCCUUUCAGAAGAUUUUGGCAGUCGUUCAAGCUUAUACUGCAAUGGUACCUUGAUGGUAGCACACAAAGGUAAAGGUAAAACAAAAAAGCUACAGACACUUGCUCAAUGACCUGUUACUAGUAAUGGAAAUACCAUAUUACUGAGCUACAGGGUUACAAAAGCUGAGCUACUUACACUUCUGUUGUAAAUGAUCUAUUUUUCCUCAUGUCAGCAUUACUUGAAGCCUCCCUCCAGAAUAAAUACUGAAGAACUUCUAUGUCUACUAAGCAAUUCUGUUCAAUUCUGAUCCUGACUGACUUUUCCAAUGCCUUAUCUGAAAUUUCUUAAAACAACUACUUCUGAAAUGAAUUUGAUACUUUUUUUCUGUGUUUCUACAAGGGAGGAAAAAAAAAAAAAAAAAAAAAAAAAAGCAUGCAAAUAAGCACAACCAGAAAACAAACCCUUGCACACUGGAAUGUCUCAGAUGAUUUGCAUGUUCAAAUUGCAUCCUUGUAAAACAGGAGAGGUGCUGACGAGGUUAAGAAAAAUUAUGCCAGAUUUUAAAAAAUGCUCAGUAUGGAUACCUUUAACUGCAGAAGCAUGAGUUUGAGUUUCUUUUCACUGAACUGGAGCUUCCAAUGGGAAUUUCACUUCUGCCCAGAGCAUAGCCCUGGCUGGAGGGAAACAUGCCUUGAGUCAUUCCAUAAUGUAAACUAGGUCCAUCAGACAGGCACCAAGACAGCUUCUGCAGCAUAGGAAAUCCCCAGUGUCAGAAGGAAGCAAGUGGGGGCACAGAUCACAGAGAUCUGAGUCCACAAGUUAUGAGAGGAUGGCUCUGGCAUAGAAGAAUUUGUGUAGGACAAAGGUAACAGAUGUCAAGAACUGUUAGAAAGGUUACUUGGGACUCAAAGGGAGAAGCUGUAGUCUGUGUCAUGAUAUCCAAUCACAGUAAGAAGAGGAAGGAUAUACGGAAGAUAAAUCUGGGCUGCUGGAAGGCAAGCUAAACACUACCCUCAUGACAUCCCACACAUAUAUUAUACUAUUUGUCUUCCUCUUUUCUCUCAGGAUCUUGAAGUCUACAGUCCUUGCAGUCAGGAUUAAAACUGAUUGUCACAUCCUUGACCAACUCUUCUUUGAUGAGUUACAAAUCCAGCUGAGUACCUUCUGCAUUUGGUCUGUCCAGCAUCUGUAUCAAAAUAUGACUCCUAAUGAUCUCUCUAAUUCUAAGGUCUCCCUGUACCCUGCCAUGUUGCCCAUAGAUUUUGUGAUGGUUAAAGUCACUUCAGACAGCUGAAAUCCCAUCCUAGUAGACAAAGUUCAGUGAUGGUGAUAAACACCUGCUAGCCCACAUGAUCAAGAGGUUUCCUUUGAAGCCACAUUUUUCUGAUUCCAUGUUUCUAAGUAAGUUUUUAUCAACAAUUUCUUUUGGAUAACUUUUAAAAUAGUAGUUGAGAAGGAACAUACUCUUUAAAUUAUAACUUACUAAAAAUAAGAACUCCUGCAUCACAAAUGUCCAACUAAAACCAAAACUUACUAUGGAAAUCAAAACAUAUAAGGUCUACUGGAUCCUCUCUAUUCUGUUUCACAAUCAUGACCAUUAGUGAAUUAUUUCAUCCCCCUUUGCUUUCACUAGGGAAGCUACUGAGGCUGCAAAGCCCCUUCAGAAACCUGGAAUUCACUUCUAAUGUCCUGAUGAGAACAACAGAAGUCCUAUUCAUGAGACAGUGGAGGUGGGAGUAGGUGGGAUUAGAGCACCCCUUCCCUGUUAUUGGGCAAACGCUCAAAGUAAUGAUCACUGGAAAAAGGUGAUCAGGCUAUGUAACCUAACUAUGUGAUUCAGAUGUUCACACAGACAGAAGUCUUGUAUUCUGGUCUCCUGUUGCUAUUCCUUUGUUCUGUGGAAAACAUUUUCUGAAAAAAAGGACGUAGUGCAAGUACCAAGAAGAGAGUCGACUCCUAUUUCUAAUGUUGCAAUCUAUACAAAAGCUGUAAUAUAUUGCCAUAAAAAAAUGUUCAGACCGUUCUUGUGAGCACUCCUCAUGCUGUUGGAUGAAUUAAAUAUUCUUCAAGCUUUAGGAUUUUCUAGGAAGGUUGUGUUGAUUCUGAUCUGGCAGUGACAGGAUCCUCAUAGAACUCAAAGAACUCAAAAGCUGAACACACCCAUUAUCUCUGGGUAUCUAUACCUUCAUUACUUCUGGAAAGAGCCUAUUCUUCUUCAUCUGCUGGAUUACAGUGAGGCCACUCCACAAAGGUUUCUUGGACUUGAAGGUUUUGUUAAUAUCAUCAACUGCAACAGUUUAGCUUAGUGAUUUUUUAUUUUUAAUUUGUUUACAUCUUUUAAAAUCUCAGGAAGGAUUUGCCCUAAAUAUAGAUAAGCAAAGAAAUCCCCUGGGUAACAGAGUUCCUUUGUGGUGGUAACAGCGCUGUCCUUGUGGGUUGUUUGGCUUGUUCUCCUAUAGUAUAUUCUAGUUUAAAAAAAAAAAAAAAAAAAAGUAUUUUCACCCCAAAACCUCAAAACCCCUACUUCCUCAAUGUGUGCUUAGAUGCAUAAUCUCAGAAAGUACCAGAGACUGCUGCUCCUCUACUAUUUGCUAUAGGCUUCGGAGCUCUUCAGAGUGGAAGCAUAAGGCUCAAGUAACCACUUAGUGGAGUUGCACUGGAGAAAAAGAACCCAGCACUGCAUGGAUGUGUUUCUCUUUGUUCACUCAUUCUAAGACAGGUAAUUGGGAGAACUCAAAAUGUGGAAGCUGACAGCACUUCCCAGAACCAAAUUUAGGCACACAGAAAAUGCAGUUGUCCAGCAUCCCACCACGUCUGCACCACUGUGAUGAACAGCUGAGUCAUAUACGCAUAUGCACUGCAUAGCCAUCCAGCCACAGCCAUAUGUGGGCUUGUGCUCCCACUGCUUAUUCCAGGAAAUGUCUGUAGGCAUUUGGAGAUACAGUCCCCUCAGAGCAUCAGCUAGCCUUAAACACCAUCCUUAAAGUGGUGCAGGAUCAACUAAUGCAACUUUGGUGGAAUUGAUUCCCACCUUCUUCCUUUCCAGCCUAAUCUCUGGGUUCACCUCAACACCUUUCCUUCUCUUCUCCUGCGGUGUGAGGUGCCAGAAGGGGAGAAGAGCUCCUGCUUUGGAGAUAUCUGCUGCAGGAAUGGGGUGGGAGAUUAUUGUCUUCCUUCAAUUUUCAAAACCCCAUUAGAUUCUCCCUGGCAUUUGCUAUGGCUCUAAUUUUAUUGCCCCAGCCACCUGCCACAGCGAGACUGCAGAAUGGCCAAGCUCCAGCUCACUACAGCCCUGCCUGGCCCUCACGUGGCCCCUGCCCAGCUGGGUCCACCACUGUGUCUCUUGUCUAGGCAAAUGGGAGUGCCCCUACAUACCCAGCUGCUUGUUCUGGUAGUGCUGUCAGAUGGGACCUGGCCUCCAGGGCCUGUCUUCAAGCACCAGGGGCAGCAACCUUGGCCCAUGGAAGGAUAUGCCUUUUAUUGAGUUAUGCUUUGUACUACGAAGGAUUAUUUACAGCCAGAGAGAAAUAUCUGUAAGUAGAAAUGUUUUUACAUAUUCAUUGGAUUCCAAAUUAUUAGAGGAUUCUAUACAAAAAAAAAAAAAAAAGAAAAUUUAACCAGCUAACUACUUGUUCAUAUUGUGUGAAAUGUGCGUUUCAAAAUUGUCAAGUUUUUUGAUUUUGUAACAGUCAGGAGGGAAGUGAUGAACAUCACAUCUUGCAACACUUCCGAUGAUAUGAGUGUUCCCUAAAACAUGAGAGAAGGAGGCAGCCCUAUGUGUAGCUGUAUAACAACUGCAAUUGCAAGUCUUUCCAUCUUCCCUGAGCCUCAUGACUAUGAUACAUAGAUAAAUGAGACAAAGAAGUUUUCAAAUACAAGGUAG